CAUAGGUGAAUAUAAAACGUCGAGUCUCAUUACUUAUUAUUAUUUACGUUAAACAUGUUCAUCAAAUAUUUUUACCUGCUGUUUUUUGUAACAUUGACUGAGCAGUACCACUUUCCUGGUGCAGACGAUUUAAAUUGCCCCCCGAGCAAUUCGGGAACGACAUACGUAAAAUUGAAAGAUGCGGUCCUUUGCAACUACGACAGCUCCGUUAGACCUGUUGCUAAUCAUCAAAAUUCCACCACGGUAUCAUUCAAAUUAGUGUUGAAGUAUUUCAACUUCAACCUCGAAUCGAGUACAUUCAGCGUAGAUGCCUGGAUGUCCAUGUAUUGGAUCGAUCAACAUUUAACCUGGAAUCCGAGCGACCAUGACAACAUCAAAAACAUUUUCUUGUUUACCUACGAGAUCUGGACACCCGAUAUCUCUAUUUACAACUUAGCUAACCAAGGAGAAGACCCGGAACUAGUUAGUACAACACGUUGUGUAAUUUCUCACUUGGGUGUUGUGAUGUGCGUACCCCCGAUUCACUUAGAUGCGCUUUGCGUACCGAAUCUUUCGAAAUACCCCUUCGAUACACAAGAAUGCCAACUUAGACUUGGUUCUUGGAUGCAUAAAGGAGAAGAAAUCGACGUUAAAGUUGACAAGAACAUGGUGAGCACUACGGAUUUAAUACCGAACGGGGAAUGGGAAAUUUUAUCUCAUUCCACAGUAAGGCAUAAAGGAGUUUAUGCUUGUUGCCCUAAUAGUACCUAUCCGUCUGUGGAUGUUACUUUUACUAUAAAGAGAUUGGCUGGGAGUCAUGCAGCUACCGCUGUUAUACCUACAAUAGUGUUAGUUAUUUUGACGAUUUGUCUGUUGAGCUUGUCUCCUGUGGAUAAAGAACGAAUGAUUUUGGCGUACGUUAAUCUCUUGGCACAUUUUUUGCAAGUACAGUAUAUAGGGUGGCAGUUGCCGCUUAAAGGGGAUAAUAUGCCACUUAUCAUUGUUUUUUCGAGGGAUUCUCUACUCUUGGCCAUGUUUGCUCUGUUAUUUACUUUGGUGUUCAGGAGUCUCUUGGCGAAGAAAACCAUGCCUCCUGGUUGGGUAUCCAGUAUCGUGUCCGGUGUGUUGGCUUGUAAACCAGGUCAAGUGAUUUUGCUGAGCGAUUAUUCAACAAAAGAAUCCGCUGCCGCUAAAGGUGAAGAAGACGGCGCUGGAAUAGUAAGUACAAACACAUCAGUCAACAAUUUGCAGGAUUGGGAAUUGUUUACUAGGUUGCUUGAUAAGCUGUUUUUUAUUAUUUAUAUCAUCGUGUAUUUUGUAAUGAUUAUUUCACUAAUGCCUUAAAUGCGCUGUUGGUACAAAAAAGUGCAUAAACAAUCAAUAACAUAAAAAAAUUAAAUGGCAUUUGCCAAUUUUUCGAUGUGUUGACAAAAAAGAAUUGCUAUUUUCCAUGAUGAAAUUUUGUUUUAUUUACCUUUUAAAAUAUAACAGCACCAUCAUUACGAAAUAUAGAGGAAUUACUCGAAUUUAAUUAAUAAUACUUUCCCAUUAACUUCUUCAAGUAAAAACACAAAUACAGAUUUCUUAUUUUAUAAUAUUUUUCCGUAAAGAUUCUUAAACUGGCGCAUGUACCUGCUUUUUUUCUAAAAGAUAAUAAAUACAAUGAAAUUCUACAUUGGGAGAACUUUAUUAAUAAUAAAUAUUUCAAUAAGUUACGUACUAGUCUACAUCAUUUUUAAAGAUAUAUUAAGUUACAUUUAAAUUUCGAAUAACAGAGUGCCUAAUUUAUUGAAAAUAACAAUACAAAAAUAAUUAUUCAAAUAUCUAUAGAAUAAAAUACUGUACAAAGAAAGUAACAAAUAAUAAUACAAUGAAAGAAACGUAAUAAAAAUAAGCCAUUUCUACCAAAAAAAUAUAUAUAUUUCAUUCUGUUAGAAUUGUUUAAGAGUGUUUUGAAAAAAAUAGUACAAAUUCCACAUUAAAAUGUUUUAUACAGGAAGAUUCAUAAUUUAUUAGAAUUUUAUAUGUUCGCUUUAAUCUAAGAGAAUGAAUUAUAAAAAGCCCAACGUUUUGUUUUAUACAAGUAUGUAUUACAAAUUAAUUAAUAAAUCUUAAUGACAUGAAGCACGCAUCAAGUGGAUAUUAUUAAAAAUAAUGAUGUACGUCCGAAUUAAGUGGCGGUAGCGUUCUAAUUUCAUAAAGCCGUGCAACAUAGUCAUUCGACGGCAGUAAAUCUUAGAAAUUUAUAAUUUCCUUUAAAACGAUUUCGUGCCGGUAAGUCCGAGAGUUGUGGGUCAACUAAAAUUAUUUCGUAACACAUGAUUGCAUGGGUGAGUUCCUGGCAAACGACCAACGACUGCAUUUACUUAUUUUUUCAUUCAUCAAAAUACAAUUUGGCUGACAGGUUACAUUCUAAUAAUAAUUGGGCGAUUUUUAUUUAGAACGCGCCCAUAUGGUCACUCAUUUGGCAUUACGAAAUAUCGCCAAAACGCGUUCGCUUUUAAAAUCUCGAGAAAAUAUUCCGCGAUUCGCCAUCGAAAACGGGCGCAAUAAAGACUAUAAUUUAGAUACGAAAAAAUACAAUAAAAUCCGCAACAAUGAAAACAAAUGUUUAUUUAUUACCAAUUUAAAAUUCUUUUUACCCAGACAGAUAAGCUUAAAAUGGUACGUGUUCGGAUGGACAAAACGAAAAAUUAAGUAAAUUGCCCAAGUCUUGUAAGAUUGCUGAGCCACAUUAUCAUCAGCGGUCAAUGGUGUAGCUCGGAUUUUAUUCAAAUUACUAUCAAUUAUUAAUUACGCGAAAUACUAGUACUAACAAAAUACGAAAAUAUAUUCAAAUUUAUUAGACAACCAAUCACGCACUAUCAUAACAUUUUGCUAACACCAUAAAUUCCUAUAAAAUCGAAUAUGGUUAAAUAAAUGCACCGCCACUGCAGAUAUAUGGAUGUACCGGAAUGCAAAACGUGAAUUUUGACCUAACCUGCGUUUUCAAGAAAUGAGUUCAGUAAUUUUAUCAACUGCAGCAAUCACAGACGAGAUUUAGCAUAAUAUUACAGGCGGACUUUAAUCAUGAUAUUAUUGAACGGCCAAGAAUGUCAAUUGCGAUUUCGACUCGCCGUCGAUUUUCGAAAUUACACAGUGCUCUUUCGUCGACGAUGUUCAUUAAUUAAAACGAAACGUCGGGCCGGAGGAUAUAAAAAAAAUACACUAACAAUUAGAAUGAUUUUUCAAGUCAGAUAUCGACGCGCCAAAACGAUAAUUUACUACGAAAAAAAUAAUAAAUAAAAUUAAUGGAGUUUAAUAUGUAAAUUUUGUCACGUCCAGAUAUCCGCAUAAAUUAUUUCAUUAACUGUUAAAGGAAGAAACAAAAAUAAUUCGUUUGUACAGUUAGUUAAAAAUUAAAAAAUAAUAAUAAUAAAUAGUUAAUAAGACGUAAAAAUAAGCGUAACGAAUGUACAGACUUCUAAUAGGACGAAAGAAUGGGAUUUUCACCGCAAGUUCUGAUUAGCUUGUUUAGAGUUCUACAUAAUUUCCACCUCUAAUCAGAACUGUUUACGUACUGAAAAAUAAAACUUACACGUACAAAUUGCCUCAAUUACACCGAAUGCGGGCGUUUUUCGAAUCGAUUGGCCCUCCAUUAGAAUUUAAAAAUUGUAAUUUCCAUUCAGUACAUUUUUUCGGUAUGUUUGUAAAUCGCGAUUUAAAAUUUUUCCUAUAUAAUGUCCUAAUGAUAUCUAACUAAAAAACCGUUUAUUACUUAUAUCGAAAAGUGCAAUCGCAUCGAACCGAAAAGUUGAUUAUUUUAAAAAUAAUAUUUACAAUUAACAAACGAAAUUGUUUGAAAUAUUGCUGUGAAUGUAUAAAGAGUACUUUAUAGGAAGUAAGAAAAGAUUAUUCGACCAAAAAAUGUCUUUAAAAUGAAUAUAAUAUUCAAGUUUUGCGAAAAUUAUUUGAAAGGUAGAAAAAAUUCCAGAAAACUCAUUUUUUAUUCUAUUAUUCAUUCGAUUUCUAAUAAAAUAAAAUUACACUUAAUUAAGUAUCGAAAUCGAAAAUUAAAUAUCGAAUUUCAUAGAAAAACCAAUGUAACAAUUACCAACAGCGGACUUUUCGAUUCGAUACCGACACUCCUAUAUCCACGGAAUAAUACAAUAACAAUUAUUAAUUUUUUACAUACUUAAUUCGUUGCUACGUCGGAAUUAUUUCAAUUAGCUACAAUUUCUAUUUAGAUUCAAUUAACUUUUAAUCGUUAAAAACGUACAUCCAGAUCGUUGCAUCUCUUUGGUUUUAUCAUUAAUAUUGAUAUUUUUCUGUUAAAUACUAAUCACAACGCGCCGAAGUCGCACCGUCGCUGGCGGUUUAGCAUUAAAAAAAAUCGAAAACGAAUUACAAAAUAGGGAUAUCGAUAAGAGAUUAGUCGAUUUAUCGAUUUCGCGGAAUUUUAUAAUGUUUUUUCCUAUUAAUCCAUUCGGAAAAUCAGAUUAGCUUUUCGAUGAUAUCUGGUAUUUGCUCGAUUUUUUUCGUCUAAAAUCCUAAUAAUAACUCAUAAAAUCGUUCAAACUAGAUAAACAAGAUAAGAUUAUUCAAUAUCUCCAAAAAAAGCAUAAAUACAAAAUCGAUUAAUCGAAUAAAAACUCGAUUCCCAAUAACCACAAUUCCGCUGCCCCCUUUACGACGGACCCUUCGACCAACGAUUUCGCACCUUAACAUUCACGUACUUCCCCGCCGUAGCGUUUACCUUACACCGUCCCGGGUACAUCGUAUCGAUGACGUACCCCUUGAAGCAGGCGUCCUGCAUCAUGUGGCACCACGUGUGAUAGGUGCUGUUGUUGGUGCCGCAUAUCGGCCCGCGCAUCACGUGCCUCGGCUUGCAGCUCGUCGUGCAGCUGACGCAGCGCGGCAUCCCCGUCUGCGGCUCCUUCAGGCACGUCUGCCCGUCCCUGCACUUCACCUUCUUGCACGUCGCCUUCGCUGCAACGCACAAUUAACUCUCUCAAAUUGCCGCAAUCGAAUGCGUGGUGAAUAAGCGAUGGUUACCUCGACAAGGUCCUUUGUACGCCAGGGGAAUCGCCUUGCCUCGCCUGCAGGCCUUCUCUCUCAGGUGACAGGCGCUGGGGUAGGUGAGGCCGUCGGAGCCGCAGACCUGACGGCGCUUCGGCCCGUUCGGGCACUUCCUGAUGCAGUUCACGCAAUGCGGCGUCAAAUUCUGGUCCAGCAAACAGUGCUUGCCCGACGGACAAACGAUUCUAUCACAAGAACCUGCAACAACAAAUGCAUAUUACACCAACUAACACGACUAGACUA